AUGGCCAACGUCGACUUUGGUAGAUAUAAGAAGAUUGUGCAGUUUUUCUGGGAUCCAGCGCCGACAAACGAUGCCACAUCUGGAUCUCCCAUAUGGUGCCUGGGCAAAGAAUACCGACCGUCAGAUAGGCCAUCUGCUCCAAACACAGCAGCACCCCCUUCAUCCCCUCCCGGCGCAGAGCCUAUAGAGCCAGAACAGGACGCCAAACCCGCAACCCCUCCAGAUAGCGCAGCCAGCAGCUUUGACUCUGGCUUGGCAUACGACGAGGCCAGAACUGCAGACGACGAUGGAGGAUGGCCCCCUUCAUUCUUAGAUGACUUUGAAGCCAGAAUCUGGCUCACCUACCGUUCCAACUUCUCAGCCAUCCCCAAAUCUCAAGAUCCUGCCGCCUUAUCCGCCAUGUCUCUUGCCGUGAGAAUCAGGAGUCAGCUGGUUGAUCAAGGUGGAUUUACCUCCGAUACAGGAUGGGGCUGUAUGAUCAGAUCUGGUCAAAGCCUUCUAGCGAAUUCUUUAGUUAUGCUACGCAUGGGUAGAGAUUGGAGACGCGGUUCAUCGAACGAUGAAGAACGGAAGAUCUUAUCGCUGUUUGCAGACGAUCCUAAAGCUCCCUACUCGAUACAUAAAUUUGUUGAACAUGGGGCUGCAGCAUGUGGAAAGCAUCCUGGGGAGUGGUUUGGACCUUCAGCCACUGCACGCUGUAUUCAAGCCUUAACAAACAGCUAUGAGCCUUCAGAGCUAAGAGUCUACAUCACCGGUGACGGUUCGGAUGUGUAUGAGGAUACCUUUUUGGGCAUUGCAAAGCCAGACGGGUCCACUUUCAAACCCACCCUCAUCUUGGUAGGAACACGGUUGGGUCUGGACAAAGUCACUCCAGUGUAUUGGGAAGCUUUGAAAACAUCUUUACAAAUGCCACAAUCUAUUGGCAUCGCAGGUGGUCAACCAUCUUCAUCCCAUUACUUCAUCGGGGUACAAGGACCAUAUUUCUUUUACCUCGACCCCCAUCAGACUCGACCAGCACUGCCCCUACCAGAAAAUCUUGAAGGUUACACCCAAGAAGAUAUAGAUUCCUGCCAUACUCGUAGACUUCGGAGGAUCCACAUCAAGGAAAUGGAUCCUAGUAUGCUAAUUGCUUUUCUAAUCCGCGACGAAAAAGACUGGAAGCAUUGGCGACAAGGAGUCCAAGAAGUGCAGGGGAAAGUCGUGAUUCAUGUGGCGGAUCAAGAUCCAGCAGGACUUGGACUUGCUGGAGAGCGCCACGGGGCGAUAGAUGAAGUUGAGACCUUCGAUGACGAGGACGAUGAUACUAUGUGA